GGUGACAUCGAUGUUCAGGAUCGUAUCUAUAAAAGGGCAUUACUUCCGCUUACAGGGAACAUCUAUACGUUUGUCUCUAAAACAUUAUAUUUCACAUCGUCACCACUUGAGAACUAUAUAGAACAAAAAAGUUGAAAGUGAUAAAAAAAACUUGAGUGUUUACAUGAGUUAGACAAUCCAAUGACAACAGCGUAUUGGAAAUCAUUGGAAAUCAUAAGAAGUUAUUAACGAAAAAAAAAGUUAUACAACGUUACAAAACUUAAUUAGUUUAGUACAUAAAUGAUUAGUCAAAUUAGAAUAUAAAGUUCUUGGUCGAUAGACCAAAACGAUCAAAUAUGACACGGAAUAACAGGAAACGAGGACGUACUCUGGAGGAAGAAUCGAGCGAGUUCAUGCCGCUAAGUAAAAGGAUCAAUAAUCUUCAUAUUAAUGGUUUUUCUGGCCUUCAGGAGAGUACAGCCGAAAUGGAAUCUGAUUGGGGAGGUCCUAAUUUUAUUCCUUCUCCAAAUUAUUCAGAACCUUCUCAAAGCUCGCCGUUACACGACACUUGCGGUUCUAGCCAAAGUAGUUACACUGCCGAUUACAGGCCUGAUCUAGAUGCGACAGAAAAUCCAUUUUACUACGAAAGCAAUAAAUUAUUGUUUUCUUUGUAUAUGGAACGUAUGCAAAGAUCUGAUAUGUAUUAAUAAUGGCUUAACUUUGCAUAUUUUAUAGGUAUUUUUUAUUUACAACUUAAUCAUUCCUUUGGAUAACUUUAUAAAGCCAUUGAGUUUGUCAGUCUUAGGUAUUAUUCUUUGCUAUUUUAAAUUAAUUCAGUUACGUUACAUCUCUAAUAUAUAAUCAGUAUCUUUUAUUACGUAUCGUCUAUAUCGGAAGUUAAUCGCGAUAUGUUAAAAUUAACUUCCUAAUUUUCCUUGAUAAUUCAUCUCGUCCGAAGAAGAGAAAAUAAUUCAUUGAUCGUUUUAUAUAAUAUUUAUCGCUUUAUUACCAAGAAUUACGCAUGUCAAAAUUAUGUUAAAUUAAUAAAUAAUUCAAACGCCUUACAUGAUUUAUUGUAAUCGUAUUUAUAUUUCUACCGUUUGUACGCGUCGAUAGUAAUUUGUGCAAGAAAUAUUUGGUUAAUAUUAAAUUUAUACAGAUUGUACGAAGGAGAGGAAUAAUAUGAAUAAAAUGAGAUGCGAUUGAGUCAGA